AUGGAUCUACUGGAGAUCAAGGCCAUUGGCGAGUGCCAAGUCUCGCGCUUUGCGGAUGUCGUCUUUGAGGUUGUCUCUACUUACCCGAGACCAGGUAUCUCAACUGGAUCGGGUGUUGGAGCCUUCGAUGCGAUCGAAGAGCAAGAUACUGGGUUAUUUGUACCGGUUGCAACCGGCUACGAUACCUGA